CCAAGUAAUGAUGACUAAGCAAAUGGAAUUCAGCAACACAAAGGGAAGACUCCGCAACGCCAUGACCAUAAUCACCGGCGUUUACCAGUGAGAGGACAAGCAUGGCCGACGCUACUGCCAAGUUACUCGGUGUUUUAUAACUGACUGGCACAAGAUCAAUUCCAGUAAACCAAAAUGCCCAAAGCAAAAGGUCGACGUCGCCACAUCUCCAAUGAUGACUCGAAACCAAAGUUAUGGACUGCUAGAAUGUGCCCAUACGCCCAGAGGGCUACGUUCGCCCUGCAUUUUAAAGGAGUUGACUACGAUUCAAUUGAAGUAGACAUGAAAAACAAGCCUGCAGAAUUAUUAGAUAUAAAUCCAGAUGGCCAAGUUCCUGCAAUGAUGGACCAAGGCAACCCUCUUUAUGAAUCCAAUAUUUGUGUUGAAUAUAUAGAUGAGACAUGGGAGUCACCCUCUGGUUUGGAUUUAAUGCCACAGGACCCGGCAGGAAGAGCAAAACAAAGAAUAUGGUGUGAUUUUAUUGAAAAGAAAAUAAUAACACCGUUCUUUUGCAUGCGAAAGGAGGAAGAACGGGAAAAUGCUAUGCAAAAGUUAUUAAAUGGAUUUGCUAAGAUAAGCCAAGAAAUGUCUAAGUCAAAAGGACCAUAUUUUGCAGGUCCAGAACUAAGCAUGGUUGAUGUAGCAUUUGCACCAUUCAUAAAUAGGAUGGUCAUUGCAGAAUGUUUUUUUAAUUUCAAAAUUCCAAAAACUGAGAAGUACACUGGAUUUCAUACAUGGUGGGAAGCAAUUCAAAACCAUCCAAGUUAUAUAGCAACCAAAGUUGAUAAUGGAUUUCUACUCGAGUAUGCAAGAAAUAAAUUAAAAUCUUGUGCUACUUGUUCAAGAUCAUGUGCAAGCAUGAAGUAGGUUCCAUUUUAAGGGAAUAUCUCCAUCAUGUGGAGGAUGAUUUGUUUCUAAUGAAGUAACCAAUAAUGAUUUAUUAGAAACUCUUGCUACUCCAUGGCCCUCCACUUUCAAGUUCAAGGUUUGGCCUCUGCAACGAUUUACAUUAAUUUGCAGAAGUAUAAGAAGUACCAAUAGUCGAAGUAAAUAAAAUUUUGCUCAUAUAUGUAGAAUAAUCACAAACUUUUUAUCUAUAAAUAAGUAUAAAUAAGGACCCCUUACAUGAAUAACUGUACAUGAAGCUAACUUCAUUUGACUGAAAUAUGUAAGAUGCAUAAUACUAACAUAAUGUAUAAAAGUGUUUAUGUACCUAGUAAAGUUGUAUAUGCUAAAAUGUGAACUUGAAUGAGUGGUAAUAAGCUUUUGGCCAAGUGCAUAUCGCUCAUCAACGUUGAAUUUUUUUUUAGCUAUAUGUAAAACCUUGCAUCUUACAAUGUAAAACUAACCACAAGUUUGUUUAAACAGUAAGAUGUUCUAAUGAACUAAAUGUUUGGCUUGAAGUUAUCUCAGAAUGAAUGGCAUCAUUGUUCAGUUUGUGGAGAACCCAGCCUGUUCUUUGCACUUUCUAUGGUGUUCUGUAGCAACAUAGUGACAGUCAUUGGACCAACACCUUUCAGGAAUUGAAAAAUGUCCACAUAAAUACACUCAUAGAAUAACAAAGUAACUAAGGUAGUGCUAAAACAAUGUAUAUAAAUAUGUGCUUGCAAAUGUAAUGACAAGGUUCUAUUUUUGAAAAUGUUUCAAAAGCCUAAAAAGAUAUUAAGUAAUGAUUAAAUUAAAUCAUUUAUUAGGAGGUCUUUAGUGACAAUACCUGAAUACAUGAUGGACACAGUGAAAACAAAUUUUAUUGCAAAUACCUAGAAAUCUUACCUCCAGGCACUGGAGUUAUCCAUGCAGCCUUCUUAUUUGCUUCCCAAAAAUUAACAUCACCCACCAAGCGCUUUCCACUUUUCUUUGUUUCAUCUUAGGAUAAAAAAGUCCUUCUGUUUUAUGUUUGAUUGUUGCAAAUAAACAUGCAUGAGAUAUUAAAUUGACAAAUAAACAUAUUUUGUUUUGUUGAUUAGUGGACUUGCCAACAUUAACUCACCUGGUAUGACAUUGAUACCACAAUCUAUAACAACUGCUCCCUCUUUGAUCCAGUCUCCCUACAAAGAUUUGCAAAUACUAGGUACAGUCAAUUGUUUGGCCAAUAUAAAGGUCAUAUAGCAGCAUGGCCCUUACACUUGAAUAUCAAACAAGCUUACUUGAUUGUCUGUCAAAGGAAGAUAUUUUCAGCUGCCUAGUUGUCAAAUUAGUAAGCUCCUUUAUCCAGAAAAUUUUUAGUACCCUUCCCCCUUUGACAUGAAGUAAUUAAAGUAAUUAGUAAACUAUCAUAUUCUAUGAUAAGGUUUUCAACUUUUAUUUCAAUUAUGUCUCUUCAGUACAACUAAUACGCCUUCACUGCAAAUUACCCUUUAUCAAUGUUAAUAAUAUUUAUUAUAUUUUGAGACAUUCCCCUCACCUGGACAAGUUCUUGCUGGCCACAGGCAACUACCAAAAUGUCAGCUUGUCGUGCCUGGGGAAAGUUUUCAAUUGUGAAUAUCUUAUCAACCUUGCUUGCUUACCAACCUGUAAAUAUCUUAACUAAACUUUGCUUGAGGCAAGUUUAACUUUUCUAAUUCUGAAUUAUCAAUUUUUAAGAUCAAAGCUGAUUUGCAACCAUUUUGUAUCAAUCCUAUCAAACAGUGUAUAAUAACCUACAGGUUUUGUAUUAAGCAUCUGCUACAACUUUUAUUAUUGGGUCAUUAUUUGAAACAUUUCUUACUUCUGCAGGACUCAGUGUAUUUGUUUCCUAGUGUGCUCUUUCUAACUAGUUUUCCUCGUUGCAGGUAAAUUUAUUAGUCUCUUAAUAUAUAGUUUAACUUAAUUCAUUUCGAUUGAAGCUGUAAUAUGGCAUUUUCUUUGGUAAAUUAUCAAAUAUAUAUUUGUAAAGAUU